GAAAUUUGCCCAAUGCGCUGCGAGCAACGCGCUGCUUGGGUGCCAUCUUCCAGGCGAUGGGCGGUGCGACGCCACAUCUUGAGGAGUUGCUCACGGCUUUGCAGUCCUUGGCUGGACCUGCUCUCCAGGACCUUGGUGCUGGUCCAGAGAUUAGCGAUGCGGCUGCGCCAUCGUCGCUGAGGCGGUACUACCCGCGCCAAGGACCACAGCCACGCCUUCCACGAUCGCACCACGCGCUGCUGGGUGAAGGAAGCCGCGGAAAGGAGCGAGAUCCCAAGAGAGACUUCUUGGAGGCGGUGCUCUUCGCGAUUGAAGCCCUUGUUGUCAGUUGCCAACAGCAAGGUGGGGCCCCGCCAGCCGUUCAGUGCAGCGUGGCAUUUGCCAUAACGAUGCUUCC